AUGUUGGAACAUAACGUACUCGAAGCUGACCAUUGUUACGCGAAAGCUUUGGCGUACGAUCCCUCUCAUUCCGAAGCACUUGUCAGACGGAAGCGGACUUUGCCCUUGGUCAACGCGAUGGAUGCGAAGUUAUUGCGGCGCAUUGAAGCAAAGCGGGAUCAGUUCGCACGCCUCCCACAUACGUCAGCUUUGAAGAGAGCCAUGAGAGAAAGCUAUUUUCUUCAUAUCUAUCACACCGUCGCAAUUGAAGGAAACACUUUAUCACUUGGACAGACACGUUCUAUAUUGGAAUCUGGCGUAGCGGUGGCUGGUAAAAGCAUACAUGAGCACAAUGAAGUGAUAGGUAUGGAUGCUGCUCUCAGAUAUUUGAACCAUUCGCUUCUUCACAGUAAGGAUAUAACUCUGGAUGUGAGUUUGUUUGCCUCUAUAAUAUUGAAGGAAUCAGUUAUCGCUUCAUUGCAUAUAAAAAUAUUCAACAUUCAGGACAUAUUGGAAAUGCACAGAAGAGUGCUUGGAAAUGUCAAUCCAAUAGAUGCUGGACGUAUCAGAACUACACAG